CAUCCACCAUGCAGUGCAGUGGGGCAGCAACGUGUCUCUUUAACACUUCUAACUGAACUCGCACGUCGCCUUCCUUGGCCCAUCAGAGGGUCUCUCGUGGUUGUAGACGGGUAAGUCAUUAAGUUAGUCCAUUUGUUUCCCAUUUAUCUCCUGGCAUAUGGAUGUAUCAUAUUAUGUUGGCCAAUUGACACUGCCCCAUCUGUUCUUGUUCAAUGGCGUCAGGCGUUGCAUUAUUGCUUCUACCGCCCACGAUGGGAACAAAGCUACACAGCAACCGGUUCGCACGCCAACUACUAUCCUACCAGGGUCGUCUGUUGCACCUGCUGUGUCCUCUGGCAACUAUAGCCCUCCGAAAGCAAUGGGCCCUCCGAUUCCACGAAAGAGGCGCUUGAGUACCCCCGACUCUCCCACCAACUCAACACGCCAGCGGUUGGAUAACAAUCCAACGACAUUGAGCGUAUCCAUAGGACGAUAUGCUCUUGAAGACCAGAGUAACAGUCCCGCCAGAUCACAUUCGGAAAGCAUAUCCGCUAUGGUUCUUUCUACGAUCCAAUCGGAGUCGACGACGACGACGACGCGUCAUCCACGUCCGCAUAACCACAGCGCUCCCUUUCAUUCGUCCUCUCCGCAACAAACAGCAGCAGCAGACAUCGUUCCUACGGUAGCGGUGGCAGCAGGCGAACGUCGAUGCUGUGUUGAAGAAGAGGCCGGCUACGAUGUCCAUUACAGCAAUUCCGGGCAGUCGGCGUCAGAGAGGGUUUGCCUUCUGUGGCAGGACGUGAUGGAAAUUCGCAGGCAGCAAAUGAGGUUGCGAGAUAAGGAGGAGGUUCUUUUGGGCGAGAUGGAGAAACUGGGUGAGAAGCCACGGCCCCCCAGUAGCACAAAUUCUCAGCUUCGCACUACUAGUUCAACUACUGAGAGGCAACUAGCUGAGAUGGAGGCAGAGUUGCAAGAGGAAAGGGACAAGCGAGUACGAGCCGAAAAGGCUCUCGAGGAGAUUGAACGGGAAUGCAGAUCGCCGUUCGUUGUUCCUGCGUUGUUCCGGGCUUUCAUGACGAUCUCUGAACUCUCGCCUUAACCUUGAUUGGUCUUCGCGGUCCUCUUCCCUUCAACGAGCCUUUUUGGCUGCCGGCUGCUGAUGGAGAGAUACGAACGUUAGAGCAGAGGCGCUAGGACGCACAGGUGAAGUGCUACCACAAUUCUAUACCUCCUACACCACACGCGCUCGAUUAGAGAGCCGGAGUUCUUCCUAUUCAUCGC